AUGAUUCGGAACACAACAGCGGCAAGGCAUGUCAUGGCCUCGCACUCUGCUCAUUCAGCCUCACAGCAACAGACACGACCCGACCAAGUCCUCUUCAGGGCCAGACGUCGUCGCGCCGGAACCCACGCUGCCUUCUCUAAUCCUACCACAAUCGCAGUGCGCCGAUAUAACACUCGCCCUAACAUCUCGACAACCCGCGUCCCUCCCUCAGCAUCAGCAGCAGAAACACCGCUCUCCCUUUCAUCCUCCUCUCGUGCAGUAGCACCUCCUAUCCGAUCUGCUACCGCUGCCCCUACCGCACGCUUCUCAACAACACCCUCCUCACACCUCUCCAAGAAACAUACCACAAAGCAUGCAGAAAAGUCCACCGUCAUCAAGGCCGGAUCUGCAGCUAUAGAGGGGGAUGUAAUCUACCGCAAGGAGGGUGGCAAGAUUGUCCCUGUGGCCAAGGAUGUGACGGAUCAGGUUGAGGCACCUGUGAGUGGGUUAUUUUCGCAGUUUGAGGAUUUCAAGAAGCCUUCUUCUGCACCCGACCAGGAAGUCGAUCUCAGCACAUUGACCGUGGCAGAUGUGUUCCCACCAGACAACUUUAUUACACAGCUGAUCCAGCAAAAGAAACUGAGCGUCACGCUGGACGAGACCAAGGAUCUGAUCCAAACCAUGGUCGAUGUCUUGCCCCUGAAGGAGGACGAUCCUAACCGCAUCCAGACCGAGAAGGCCUUUGCUGCUGAUGGGGCGCCGUUGGCAUUGGCAUUGUUCAAGAUUGCACUCGAACAGGGCGAUAUCUCCUCCAAAUACAGCUACGGCGUCCUUCUUUACCGCGGAGCCCGCGGAGUCCCCGCCGACCCCGCAAAAGGACGCGCCAUCAUCCAGGCGCUCGCCCAACCAGCAGGCGGACCCCGCUACAAGGGCCUACCCUGGGCAAUGUCGACUCUCGCCAGUAUUUAUGCGCGUGAGGACAAGAACUAUGAGGCGGCACGGGAUCUAUACCUCAAAGCUGCACAGGCCGGGGUCCUUGAGGCGCGGGUUGCAUUGGGCAGGAUGUAUCUUAACGGCGAAUUGCCGCAGGAUUUGGGGAUGGCGAAAAAGUACUUCCAAGCGGCGAUCCAACAAUCGGAUGACUGUGCUGAGGCGCAUUUCUUGUUGGGUGCGCUGGAGAUGAACCAGUUUACACCCGAGGGCAAGGAGAGGACGCCGAAUACCAAGGCCGCGUUUCAACAUUACCAAAAGGCCGCGUCCAAGGGUUUGGCCGAGGCACAGUAUAAUGUGGGUCAGGCGUAUUUCACGGGAUUGGGGGUCCCCAAGAAUGAUGCGUUGGCGGUCGAAUACUGGAAGAUGUCGGGGCAGCAGGGGUUUGGGCUAGCACAGUUGAGUCUGGGUGCGUAUUAUUUCCAAGAUGAGACUCCUCAGGCUCCUUCGGCGGAAGAGACGGCUUCUGAGGCGGAGGGGAAACUGUCGUCGCCAUCAAAAGCGGUGAAGCAUGUAUGGGACCCGUCAAAGAAGGAUCUGAUGCAGGCUCAAAAAUGGUUUACCCUGGCGAGUCGGCGUCCGGGUCAGUUGGGUGCGGAGGGUCAGAGGUUGAAGGCGCAGGUGGACGAGACUAUUAAGCGGGGCGGUGGCGCCAAAGGAGGGCGUAUGUGUAUCAUCAUGUAG